AUGGAUUCCCUUGUAGAUAGGAACCAUACCACAGUGACAGAGUUCAUUUUAUUGGGCUUAACACAAGAUCCAGUCCUUCGAGUCAUCCUCUUCAUCAUCAUCCUGUGCAUCUACCUGGUGACCAUAGCUGGAAAUCUCUGCACAAUCCUUCUCAUCAGAGUCUCCACUCAGCUCCACCACCCCAUGUACUUUUUCCUCAGCCAUUUAGCUUUUGUGGACAUGGUGUUUUCAUCUUCUGUCACUCCCAACAUGUUGGUUAACUUCCUAAUGGACAAAAAUGUAAUCUCCUACCAUGGAUGUGGCAUUCAGCUGGGUACAGUUGUUUUCUUUGGGGCAGCUGAGUGCUUUCUUCUGGCUUCCAUGGCCUAUGAUCGCUUUGUGGCCAUCUGCAGCCCACUGCUUUAUUCAACCAAAAUGUCCACACAAGUCUGUGUCAAGUUAAUUAUAGUAGCUUACACUGGUGGGUUUUUUGAUGCUUCCUCCUUUACCAUUUCCUUCUGUUCAUUUCGCUUCUGUGGACCCAACAGAGUCAAUCAUUUCUUCUGUGACUUUGCUCCCCUACGGGAAGUUGCCUGUUCUGAAGACAGUGUCCUCAUAUUUCUUUCUACAUUGACUGCUGGCUUCAUUGUUGUCUUCACAGUAGUUGUCAUAACCAUCUCCUAUAUCUAUAUUUUUAUCACCAUUCUAACGAUGCGCUCCACUGAGGGCCGCCACAAGGCCUUCUCCACCUGCACCUCCCACCUCACGGCAGUUUCUCUGUUCUAUGGAACCAUUACAUUCAUUUAUGUGAUGCCCAAAUCCAGCUACUCCACUGAUCAGAAUAAGGUGAUAUCUGUGUUCUACAUGGUGGUGAUUCCCAUGUUGAACCCCCUCAUCUACAGCCUCAGGAACAAUGAGAUUAAGGGGGCUCUAAAAAGAGAGCUUGGUAGGAAAAAAUUCUAG